AUGCUCUUAUAUAUUCUUACUUUCUAUCUAUCUAUCUAUCUAUCUAUCUAUCUAUACUGGUCACUAAUCUAUCUAUCUGCCUGUCUUAAUAAGUUUAUCUAUCUAUCUAUCUAUCUAUCUAUCUAUCUAUCUAUCUAUCUAUCUUCCAUUAUGAAUUUUAAACGUUACGUUUCUUUUUCUGCCCAAUUCAAUCAAUAUUUUCUUUCUUUCUUUUUACUUAUUCUCAAUGUAUUUGUUUAUUUUUUUUAUUUUUUGUAUUCAUUUAAAUUUCAUACUUUUCUUAAAUUAUUACGAUUUCUUGCUUUCUUUCUUUUUAUCUUUUUCUUUCUUGCUUUCUUUCUUUCUUGCUUUCUUUCUUUCUUUGUAUUUCUUUCUCGCUAUUCAUUUAUCCACUGCAACUGCACGUCUUUUCAUUCAUUUCUGUAUUAUUCUGUCAUUAUUAAUUACUGUUAUCUUUUUUUUUUUAUUUCUGUCUUUCAUUCAAUCACACAUUCCCUUUCUUUCAUUAUUCAUCACAUUUGUUUUAUUUUUCCUUUCUUUAUUAUGAUUUCAUUUCUUUUUUCCCUCGCUAUUAUUUUCAUUAUUUCUUUUGUUGCAUACGAACUUCAUCUAUCUAUCUCUAUCUAUCUAUCUAUCUAUCUAUCUAUCUAUCUAUCUCUAUAUAUAUAUAUAUAUUCAUACAUGAAACAACUCUCUCUCUCUCUCUCUCUCUCUCUCUCUCUCUCUCUCUUUUGCAGUUUGAAUUUAAUUUGUCGACAUUUUCUUUUAUUGUUCCCAAAGUUAUCUAUCUAUCUAUCUAUCUAUCUAUCUAUCUAA